AUGGAGAUCGCGCUGGUGACUCUGGAGAACGGCGGCACCACGGCCAUCGCGGGCGGCGAGGAUGCCGCGGCCGCCGGCGGCCGGGCGCGCUGGCGGGGCAACUUGCUGCACAUCGCGGGCUCGCCGCAGCUGAGCGACGGCAAGGAGGGAGCCCCGCCGCCCGCGCCGCCGCCGAUGCCGCCGGGGGACGAGGAGCCGGAGCGGCCCCCGCCGGGGGACGAGGAGCCCGAGCGGCCCCCGCCGGGUCCCCGCGGGGGCGGCCCCGAGGAGCGGCCGGCGGACAGACGAGCCCCCUCCGCGCCGCCCCGGCCGCCGCCCCGAGCCCCGCGCCCAGGCGCGGACGUGGGACCCCCGGAGGAAGGGGGACACCGCCGGGGCAUGGCCAUGGCGGCGGCGGGGGACGAGGAGGAGGAGGCGGCGGCCGCGGUGAACCCGGGCUCCAUGCACCACCAGCGGGUGCUGAUCAACAUCUCCGGGCUGCGCUUCGAGACCCAGCUGGGCACCCUCAACCAGUUCCCCGACACGCUGCUGGGGGACCCGGACAAGCGCAUCCGCUACUUCGACCCGCUCCGCAACGAGUACUUCUUCGACCGCAACCGGCCCAGCUUCGACGGCAUCCUCUACUUCUACCAGUCCGGGGGAAAGCUCCGCCGGCCCGUCAAUGUCUCCAUCGACGUCUUCGCCGACGAGAUCCGCUUCUACCAGCUGGGCGAGGAGGCCAUGGAGCGCUUCCGGGAGGACGAGGGUUUCAUCAAAGAGGAGGAGAAGCCCCUGCCCCGCAACGAGUUCCAGCGCCAGGUCUGGCUCAUCUUUGAGUACCCCGAAAGCUCCAGCUCAGCCCGGGCCAUCGCCAUCGUCUCCGUGCUGGUCAUCCUCAUCUCCAUCAUCACCUUCUGCCUGGAGACCCUGCCCGAGUUCAGGGACGAGAGGGAGCUGCCUGUGCCCCUGCCCCCACAGGGUGGAGGUUUGAAUGGCACCGCCGGGGACUCCCCGGCCAUGCAGCCCCCCAGCAGCCUGGCUGAUCCCUUCUUCAUCAUCGAGACCACCUGCGUGAUCUGGUUCACCUUUGAGCUCCUCGUGCGCUUCUUCGCCUGCCCCAGCAAGCCCGAGUUCUCCCGCAACAUCAUGAACAUCAUCGACAUCGUGGCCAUCAUCCCCUACUUCAUCACCCUGGGCACCGAGCUGGCCCACGAGCAGCAGCAGCCCGGGGCUGGCAGCAGCAAUGGGGGAGGGGGCCAGCAGCAAGCCAUGUCCCUGGCCAUCCUCAGAGUCAUCCGCCUGGUCAGAGUCUUCAGGAUCUUCAAGCUCUCCAGGCACUCCAAGGGGCUGCAGAUCUUGGGACAGACUUUGAAAGCCAGCAUGAGGGAGCUGGGCCUCCUCAUCUUCUUCCUCUUCAUCGGGGUGAUCCUCUUCUCCAGCGCCGUCUACUUUGCUGAGGCCGAUGACCCCGAGUCUCACUUCUCCAGCAUCCCUGAUGCUUUCUGGUGGGCAGUGGUGACCAUGACCACCGUGGGCUACGGGGACAUGAGACCUGUCACUGUGGGGGGCAAGAUUGUGGGCUCCUUGUGUGCCAUUGCAGGUGUGCUCACCAUCGCCCUCCCCGUCCCUGUCAUCGUGUCCAACUUCAACUACUUCUACCACCGGGAGACCGAUCACGAGGAGCAGUCUAUCCUCAAGGAUGAACACAGCAGUGCUCAGGGCAGCACAGCCGGGGCAGAUGCGAAGAGAAGAGCCAGUACAAACUCUCUGAACAAAUCUGUUGUGCACUUGGAAAACAGCGAGGAGUUCAACAACGGCACCAGCUCCAUAGAAAAAGCCACCAUCAAAGCAAAAAGCAAUGUAGAUCUCAGAAAAUCCCUCUACGCUCUCUGUCUGGACACCAACAGGGAAACAGACCUGUAAGGAGAGGAGAGAGUUAGAGUCCAGAGAUGCAGAAGGGUUUUCUGGUGUCAGAAACUUGCUACUAUAAUUAUUCUUUCAGUACCAAUUAGUUUUUUAAAAGUCAGGCUAUAUUUUAUAAAUUGAUCACUGUCCUGAGCAGUCCUCCAGGAAUACAUGUUUUUAUGUUCUUUUUCCAUGACACAAAGGGUCACCUAUUUUUAAAAUAGACUAAGAAUAAGCUACACUCCAUGAUGCAGGAGCUGGCAAAUUAUGACAGUGAAAAAUCUAAUUUGUAGAAACUUAUUUUAGCAAAUGGUGGUUGGUUUUAAAUGGGUAAUUUGUAACCAAUUCAGUUGCUCCAAGUUUAGUAUUAAAGAGUUGGGGGGGGAUGUAUGUGUGGAGAAUGAAUGGACUGGGGGGGGGGGGGAGGGAGGUUGAGGGCUUUUGUACUGUAGUUUCAAAUUGAAAUAAUUCCAAUAUAUUUUAUAUUUGUAUGAGUGUAUUUAUGGUUGAGAGGGGAUUUCUUAUUCCUGUGAAAUAUGACAUCAUUAAAGCACUAGGAACAUUGGCAGAUCAGCACUUUCAGAGUUUUCCACUUGUGAUCAGUAGAGAUCUGGUUAUCCUGUAUGUGAAGUGAAUUUGGUGCUUUGAACCCUAGAGCAGAACACUUCUGUCAUCAUUGAUAUGUUAGUUUCUUGUGAGCCUUAAAUUAUUAAAUAUUGUAGAUAUACUUCUUUAUAAAUAAUUUUAUUAAUUACCUUCCUGUUUCAGAAUUUCUAAACAAUCCAGUCAUGUGCUUACUUGUCCCCAUUCUGAAAAGUAUGUGCAGCUUUUUUUUUUUUUUUUUU